AUGCUUAAUUCGAUUGUUGGGUCGUCUUUGAAUGACUUGAUUGAGUAUGUCAAUUCUAUGAAACCAGAGUUGCUUGAAUCUGAUGUUACUAGUUUGUUGAAGGGUUUGGACCUUUCUAGGAAUUGGGAAAGAGCCUUUUUGUUGUUUGAAUGGGUUUGGUUGAAUUUUGGGUCGAAGAAUGUGAAAGUGAAUAACCAAUCUGUUGAACUUACAGUCAAGAUAUUGGGUAGAGAGUCACAAUAUUCAAUUUCUUCCAAGCUGUUUGAUAUAAUUCAUGUUGAGGAAUUUUCACUUGAUGUGAGGGCUUGUACUACGGUUCUUCAUGCUUAUGCUCGAACUGAGAAGUAUAAACGAGCUAUUGAGAUAUUUGAGAAGAUGAAGGAGACUGGUCUUAAUCCAACUUUGGUUACUUACAAUGUUAUGCUUGAUGUUUAUGGAAAAAUGGGGCGGUCUUGGAAUAUAAUUUUGGAGUUGUUAGAUGAGAUGAAGAGUAAAGGGCUUGAGUUUGAUGAGUUUAUGUGUAGCACUGUGAAUCGGCUUGUGAGAAAGAGUUCGCCACCCUUAAAACCACCCGACAUCAUCUUAUCUCAAUCACCACAACCAAGCGAUGUCGUCAGGGAAGCCAAGAGCAAUUUUGAUUGUGUGAUUGAGGUGGAUGAUGGUAGCCAUGUCGAGGCUUCUGUUGAUCAUUAUAUUGACAGUGAGAUUGAUGACUCGGUUUCAGAUACGAACGUAGAGUUUAAUAACACCUUGAGUACUACUAAGUUUAAUAAUGUCUAUGUGAAAAAACUAUCAGAGGUAGUUAUUGAUGAUGACUUGAAGAGCAUUUUUGGAGAAUAUGGAACUAUUACUAGUGUUGUAGUAAGGAGAGAUGUAGAUGGUAAAUUGAAAUGUUUUGGUUUUGUCAAUUUUGAAAAUGCAGAUGCUGCUGCUAAAGAUGUGAAGGCACUUAUCGGAAAGAAGUUAUAUGAAAAUGAGUGUUAUGUUGGAAAAGCCCUGAAAAAAUAUUAA